AUGGAAUAUGCCAUGAAGUCCCUCAGCCUUCUCUACCCCAAGUCCUUCUCCAGGCAUGUGGCAGUUAGCACCUGCACCUCAAUGGUGACCCAGCAGCUACUGACCGAGUCCAGCCUGGAGGCCCCCAAGGCCCGGCCCUGCAGAGUAAGCACUGCUGACCGGAGUGUGCGGAAGGGCAUCAUGGCGCACAGUCUCAAGGACCUCCUCCACAAGGUGAGGGACAGGACUACCCUCAGCACAGAGGUCCGGGACACCCUGAUGCUGGCAGACAAGCCCUUCUUCCUGGUGCUGGAGGAAGAUGGUACAAUUGUUGAGACAGAAGAGUAUUUCCAAGCCCUGGGGGAUGACACAGUGUUCAUGGUCCUCCAGAAGGGGCAGAAAUGGCAGCCCCCAUCAGAGAAGAGUACUAGGUACCAACUCUCCCUCUCCCGUAAGCCCGGCAAGAAGAUUGAUGUGGCCCGUGUAACCUUUGACCUAUAUAAGAUGAACCCACAGGACUUCAUUGGUUGCCUGAAUGUGAAGGCCACUCUGUAUGGCACCUACUCCCUUUCCUAUGACCUGCACUGCUACCGGGCCAAACGCAUCAUGAAGGAAGCUCUUCGUUGGGCCCUCUUCAGCAUGCAGGCCACAGGCCAUGUGCUGCUUGGCACAUCGUGUUAUAUGCAGCAGUUCCUGGAUGCCACAGAGGGAGGGCAGCCCCCUGAGGGCAAGGCCCCAUCGCUCAUCCCAUCCUGUCUGAAGAUGCUGCAGUGA